GCAGUCGUCGUGUGUAGACGUGUUUCGGUUUCACAGUCGUAGUUACGUGCUUCGAGAAUUUACUAUAUAAUAUAAUCGGUUUGUUUAAUUGAUUGAUUAUUUAGGCGAGUGGUUACAGUGAAGUUAAUUUAAGCAAGGAAAAGGAUUUUUCGAGAUUUAUUUUUUUAUAAGCAAUAGUCGUUGUGUGAGCGAGAUGCCAACACAAGCUCGGUGCGACCGCGUCCCGCCAGCGGAUGGAGCAUGGGGUGCCCUUGAUUUGCGGGUGUUGCAAGAAGAUGACUUGCCCCUUGAUCCGAGAGAAUGGUGUCGUGCGCAAGUCGGUGCGUGGGUGUCACGUCGUGGCGGUCUACCUGAACGAUUCCCAAUGAACGGAAAAGCCCUUUGUCUCAUGUCAAGGGAUAUGUUCGCCGCGCGAGUCCCUCGACUUGGACAUGCCUUGCACCAGGAUUUUAGACGAAGACUCGCGAAAGCUUUAGCUCUUCAAGAACUCAUUGAAAAGUUAUCAUCAAAAUGAAUAAUAUCAAUUUGAAAUAACACAGGCGGCUCUCAUUUGACGUCACACUAACUGAAUGUUGUAAUUCUAGACAUUAAAUAUCCUGUAACGUAUUAUAAUGAUAAAAUAUAUGUGUGGAGAUAGAAUCGCCUUCGUUGUCUAUAUAUCUAGCUGUCAAUAUGGAUUGUAAAAGAAGUAUAGUCGAAAGUGACAGUUUUACACGACAAUUUUUUUUUCGCAAAAUAAUGUUCUCAAAUUGCGUGACACGAAAUCUAGCUCUUUGGGGAUCACCGAAGCGCUUCGAAUCACAUUAGUUUUUCGUUCAAAACUGUCAUCUAAUAUUAACAAUCUUUCCGACACGUGUAUCUUGUUGUGAAAACCUCU